AGUUAUCUUGUUGUUGGCUAGACAUCGCGAGUGAAAGACGUGCGUACGGUUGCUAGAAUUUUGUUGAUUGGAUUUUCUUCACGGUGAAUUGAAUGAAAAGUGUGAAUAAAUUGCUGAUUAAACGUUAAAUGAGGGAUGUUUGAAAAACAAAAAAAAAACAUUUGAUGAAGAAGAGAAUGUAAACUAAAAAGUUAAAGAGGUUAAAAAAAUAUAUUUUUGCGUAGUGAACGGAAAUUGGAAAAGUGUUGGCUGUCAAGGUGAGCGACGCUUGUGAGAUAGUGCUGAGAAAACGUUGAUUGAAAAUCAUUUCCUUGAUUACGCUAAGUGCAAAAUAUUUUAAUCUAAUGGAAAAGGCAGCGGAUUUUAUGGCCAAAUAUACAUAUCUACAUGUUCAGAAAAUAUAGAGAUAGCGUUAUUUUGUUUGUGUUAUUGUUUAAGUUGUGCUAUAGUGAGUUUUUCAAUUUGCCGCAAAUCAUAACGGCAAACACUGUUCCGUGCCUCCUACGAGCAGGUGGAAGAGUUUGGGGUGCGGAUUAGCAUGUGUUGCGCCGCUGUGGCAAAGUGUGAAAUGUGAAGCAGAAAGAAUAGGAAACAGGAAGUGUUGUUGCACUUAGAGAUUGACGUUGCAAAGUUUGAAAAUUCACGCUGAUGUGCGCUUUUGUCUGAUAACCGGUGUUUGUGUUUAUUCUUUAAUGUCGAUCAUAAGUGGGUGCUCCACAGCUGGUGUAAAUAUUGAUGAUUAUGUGUUUUGAUUGAAAAUAGAAGAGUAAAGAAUAAAUUUGUCCGCAGAAAGAAAUAUCGUAAUUUAAGCGCGGAUUUUUUGAGACGAUUAUAAAUGGUGGGCUAAUAUUAUAUAUUAUUUGAAAGGAUUACAUGAAAUAAAAAUUUUCAUACAGAAAAAUAAAUAAAUAAAUAAUAAUAAUAAUUCUGAACCUAGAACCCUAAAAUAUAUAUACCAAUACAGUCGUGUUCGUUAAAGGGCUCAAAUAUCAUGUUUUUUCUUAAUAAAUUGCGAAAGUUUUAAUGUGAAAAUGAGUUUUUCAAUGCAAAUAAAUCAAUUACUAUAAAAAAAUUGCUGAUGUAUAACUAUGUUGAUAUAUUUAAAACUUAUUUUUCUACAAAUGUUCACAUAUAAUUUUAAAUUACUAAAUUUUUCAGUAAAAUUUGUUUACUACCUCCAACAGGAUUGUCAAUAAUACUCGUUUCUGGCAUGGUGCAAACUGAAAUCAAAAAUACCGACAUAAAUUUAUAUCGGAUGCAAAAAGAAAAAGUGAAUUUGUUAUAAUAAAAAAUAAAUAAAUAAAAUAAAAAUUACAAAUAGAAACCUGAGCAAAAUACAGAAAAUAAAUUAGAAAACAAAAAAACUUCGUGCAUGGAAUGUAAACAUAGAUUUUUUGAAACAUAAAAUAGCUGCAGGUGAAAAUAAAUGGCUAUAAAGAAGUGUACUUUCAUGUGUAACAUAAAUAUAAUCUAAUAUAUAAAAUUAUCGUACUAUAUAAAAAUAUAUUAAUAUAAAGUGCGCUCGAAAAAAAUUGUAUUAAAAUAUUUCAAAAAUAUUUUGGAAAUAAAAUAUACCAUAGAGCAACAAACAAACUGAAAAGAAAUCAUAAACAAGCGGAAGUGUGCUUCAGAGUUCAGCGGAAGUGAGAGUGUAAAUGGUGAAUUGCAAAAUGUAUUGAGUGUGAAUAGUGAAUUGGAAAAUGUAUUAAGUUCACAACUUUGAAAUUGUAAACUCCGAUACUAACAGUGAAAUCAGUCACAUCACAACGCUAGCAUGGAGGAGGAACUACGCUGCCCGACUUGCAAACAACUUUUCGCAAAUCCGGUGCUGUUGCCCUGUUUCCACGCCCUCUGCUUGGGCUGUGCACUUGACAUACAGACUGCGUACACACCCGCUGCGGCCUUGGCUGCCGCCAACGCAAGUGUUGGCCACGUCUCGAACGGCAAUAUCAACGGCGGCUGUCUAAUACAUUCCCAUCCAUUGCAUGGCGGCGCGACAGCUCAUGGUAAUAGCAUAACCACAACAGCAACGGUACACUCGCAUGCUGGCAUUGGCGCCCCAGUAGCGCCACCUUCACAUCCACCAUCGACACGUCACUCAUCGAAUAGUUCAGCCGCUAGCACCGCCAGCUCGGCUACAGGUAGCGAAAGUGUUACAUCCGAUCAGGAUCAAGCAGAUAAGGUGAGCAUUUUUAGUGAGGCCGACUCUGGGGUGGUUUGCUGUUCGAACACAUCACGUCCGGUUUCAUACGCUGGCACUGCACAGUUACAAGGUUUGCUGCAGGGUGCUGCUGCUGCGCCACCAGGUGCUGCUUUUUACUUAACUUGCCCACUCUGUCGGAAGCUGGUGUUCUUUGAUGAGGGUGGGGUGCGCAAUUUACCAGCCUAUCGUACCAUGGAAUCAAUUGUUGAUCGUUUUUGUGCACGCGAGGCGCUACGCUGUCAAAUGUGCGAGACAGAUCCAAAGGUCGCAUCGAUUGUAUGUGAGCAAUGCGAAAUACGCUACUGCGAUGCAUGUCGGGAGCUAUGCCAUCCAGCACGUGGCCCGCUGGCCAAACACAAUUUGGUGAAACCGCGUAAUGCAGCAUCGCAGAGAGAGUCUGUGUGCGGUGAACACGGAGAUACAUUAUCGAUGUACUGCUUUGUGUGCAAAAUGCCCGCCUGCCCACAAUGCAUAGCAGAGAAACAACAUCCCGGACAUGAGGUGCAAUCCAUCAGCGUCACUUGCAAGGCACAAAAGACGGAACUCUCACAUAAUUUGCAGCAGUUGUCGGAGAAGGCUCGCUCCACCACAGAAUUCAUACAGCGAUUAAAAGGCAUGAGUGACAAAGUGACGGAGUCCUGCAUGGAGUUCGAAAGAUUGGUGACGGCACAAUGCGAAGCCUUAAUACAAGCAAUACACGACCGACGUGAAUAUCUACUCGAGGCUAUACGCAUGGAUAAGGACACGAAAAUCAGAAUAUUAAAGGAUCAGCAAUCAAAUUGCACGGGCAAGUUGCAACAAACCACUGGACUAAUACAAUUCUGCAUUGAGGCGUUGAAAGAGACCGACAGUGCAGCCUUUCUACAAGUCGGCUCCAUGUUGAUUAAUCGCGUUGCCAAUACGGACAUGACCUGGCAUCAGGAGGUGACAAAUGCCGCUCCACGUGUUUCGCCAAUUGUGGAUUUGACGUUGGAUGACGCUGCCCUGGUGCGCGCCAUUGAUAAUUUGAAUUUUAUGCAGAUGAAAGCUGUCAAAGAUGGAGAAGAGCGAUUACCAGCAGCGCCCUUAGCGCCAACAAUUGUUCCAGAGGAUUGUUCGGCAGAAAAUAAUUCGGUUACAGUAGCGUGGCAACCACCAGCCCACUCUAUCGUUGAUGGCUAUGUAUUGGAGUUGGACGAUGGUAGCGGUGGCGAGUUUCGGGAGGUGUAUUGCGGUAAAGAAACGAUUUGCACCGUGGACGGACUCCACUUCAAUUCCAUGUACAAUGCGCGCGUCAAGGCAUUCAACAAUGCGGGCGAGGGUGAAUAUUCCGAACUUAUUGGAUUGCAAACGGCGGAAGUUGCCUGGUUCACAUUUGAUCCAAUUCUUAGCGGUGGCGCUGGGUCGGGUCUGGUUUUUAGCAACAAUAAUGCCACAGUAUCGGUGGAGGGUUGGGAGCACCGAGUGGCUUUGGGUUCUGUUGGCUUCUCCCGCGGCAUCCACUAUUGGGAAUUCACCGUUGACAAGUAUACAAUGGAUACGGAUCCAGCGUUCGGUGUGGCGCGCAUCGAUGUCAAUCGCAACAAAAUGCUAGGCAAAGACGAAAAAUCGUUUGCUAUGUACAUUGACGGACAACGUUCAUGGUUUCAGCAUAAUUCCGUACAUGAGCGACGUGUCGAGGGUGGUAUAACCACUGGCAGCACCAUCGGUGUGCUACUUGAUCUGGAACGGCAUACUUUGAGUUUUCUCGUCAAUGAAAUGCCACAAGGUUCAGUAGCAUUCCGUGAUCUCUACGGUGUCUUCUAUCCGGCCGUCAGCAUUAAUCGCGGUGUGACACUGACCCUACACACCGCUAUGGAGGCGCCGAAAAUGGAUUACUUCUGAGUAAGAUUGAAUAAGAUCCGGUGUAAUCCGAGAGAAUGAAACGCAGUGAGAGGGGAGUAGUAGAAGAGUUACGCUUAGACGUUCUUCAACUGUGUAAAUAUUUCGUAUUUAAGCGCAAAUUUAAAUACUAGUAAUCCAUAUUCAUGCAUACCUAGGCGUCUACUUACACGUUAAAUGUAUUUAUAGGUUUAAUUAGCUUACACAUUUGCUUAAGUGCAUAAGUAUAUUAAUUUUUAUGUAAUUCGAUUUGUAAGUAGCAUAAAUGGGUCGCUGACACAUAUCUUAAGCAUUUAAAAUGAAGUGGAAUUCAAAAUCGCCAUAAUAUUCCAAUUAUUAAUUUUUAUAAAAAUUUAGCAUAACAACCCACAUUUAAAAUUCAGCAUUUGCAGCAUCAGAGAUUUUGAGAAAUAUCGAAAACGAAGUUGGAUUUACCACUAGCGAAAAUAAAAUGUAAUGUUGCAGCAACAGAUGAACAAUAUUAAAAAAAAAAUAAAGUAAUAGUCGGUUUAAAGAAUUUAGAAUUGAUAAUGCAUCAAUUGAAGUUAUAAUAUGAGCAAGCAUUAACAAAUGUACAAACAAAUAAACAAUCUAAAAAACUUAAAGAAGCUCAGCCAUAACUGCAUUAACCACACGACACUGUUAAAAAAACAAAACCAAAAACAAAAAUCAAAAAAAAAUUAUAUUAAUUAAAUUGUUGAAAUAGUUUAAAAAACGGUAAAUAAUGUGUGAUUGCCAACGAAUAAGUAAUAACUAUUACAAAGGUAAAUAAUUAUGCCCCAAACUCAAAGCGAAAUCUUAAAUACAUCACAAUCAAAAUCUUUCAUCUUAUACAUUUUUUCUUACUUUUUUGCAAAAUUUCAAAAAUGUUAAAAUAUAAUGGUAGAAGAUUAGGAGGUUAGCUGUAGUCAGAGUCAUGAAAAAAUUACAAUUUUUUUUCUGGUAAGUUUUUUUAUUUUAUAAACGUUAAAACAUAGCUUCAUUAAAUAAGAUUUCGACUUGACCUGACAGAAAUAUGAAAAAAAAAUUAUUUUAAAAAUAAUGGUUCUUUUGUGUUGAUUCAGUUCCUUGGGAUUUAGCUAAAAUCGAUCGGACAAAAAAACAAAUUGUUUUAUUAAUAGAUAAUCCUAAUCGAAGCUUUAUUUUAAAUUAAAAAAAUAGUAAAAUUUUUUUUCAAGAUUUUCGGGAAAAGAAGAAUAAUAGUUAUUUUUUGUAUAAAAUCGAAAUAAAAAAUUCUUUGAUCAGUUUUCCCCUAGUUUUUCAUGUUUUCAGAAAGCAGUAUAAAUUUCAUUGAAAUAUGUCAAGCGGUUUUUGAGGUACAGUGGUCACCAGUUCAAAACAAAUUUUUUUUGAGAAAGAAGGCUUUUGAAGUUUUUCAGCUGCUGCUAACUACCUGCUCGCAAACAUACCAGAACGCCGGAGAACCCUUUGCUAAUUUCACGAUUAAUUCGAAAACUAUUUGCGGGUUUACUUCUUCCGAAAGUAUUUAUACUUUAAGGGUUUACAUGGGUUUCUUCGAGCAAAAAACGGCAUAUUUUCAAUAACUUUUUUCUUCUAAAAAUUUUAUUCCAAAAAUACAAAUUUUACAAAGAUUUUGUGAAAUUUUCAAAGGAAAAUAUUCAAAACUGGGCCAUUACGACUUCUUACCGGCAGGCCCUUGGGAAAUAAAUUGCCUCCACGUUGACAGCAGAACUUCUUAGAGCAUCUUAUGUAAUAAAAAGAAAAUAUAAAACCAUAAAACGCAGGAAAAAAAGUAAAAAGGUAAACGCAUUUACAAAAAAAUGCAUAUUUUAAUGAAAAUUUCUCGAAGUUUUAUUCUAAAUAAUUGUAGUUGAAAAAAAAAAACUUCGUUCAAGACCUUGGAAAUUAUAUCUCAAAGACCUGUGCAAAAUUUCACUAAGAUCGGUUGGGUGACUCGCGAGACAACCACUUUUGAAAACACAGUUUAUGUAUAGCUGACCUCCAGCGCGCAACUUUACGAGGCUGUAUCUCCAAAACUAUUACUCGGAUCAACUUGAGCAUUUGUCACCUUUUAAAUUUUUUCCACAUUUUUUGCAAAUUUACAAAAAUAUUAAAAUACUACAUUACUAGGGACAGUCAAUAGCUUUCGGUUUGAUAUUUAUUUGUAAAAAAAUAAUAAGUUUUUUGCUUUACUAUUUAUUUGAUAUUCAUUACUUUAACAGUUUUCAAUCUUCGUAAUGAUCUCCGGAUUCGUUUAAUUUAAUCACAGCAGUAGCAGUGAAAUUUGGUCUCAGUUUUUCUAUUUUAUUUAUUCAUUCGUCAGCUUAUUUUAAGUUGCUUGCGCCUUCGAUUGCUUUUUGAGUUUUUUUCAUGAUAUAUUACAUUCGGCAGUUUACAGCCACUCACUUUAAAAACAGCUGCAUAAUAUAUUUAAUUACUAGAAUUACUAGACCUUAAACUGAAAUUCGAUACCAAAAAAUUUCUCAAAGCUACAAUCUACAAGUAUAUUCCAAAAUCGCAGAUUCUAAAUGUUGAAAUUAUAAAAUUAAAUUCUUAGAAAACAUAUAUCUAAAUAUGUACAUACAUAUUGAUAUAGGUGUAAAAAAUAAGGGCAAAGUUAAAAUGAGAAACAUUUAAGGCAGAGCAAAGUAAAAUGCUUUCCCUGCGCAUUCCAGCUAUACCACUUAAGCUUAUACCAAAAAUGUCACACUAGCGUAAACUUUUUUAGAGCUUAGAUACUUACUCUAUAAGUGUAUUGUAUUAUAAAUGCUUGGACACAAAUUACAUAAAAGAAAAACUCAAAACCAAGAGACGAAAGCCAAAAGACUUCGCCAAAUCAUGCGAACUAAAUUUAAUAACUAACGAUAUACAUAGAAGCGCUCUGUAAAUAGUAGUUGUCAUUUCAAUGCUAACUGCAAGCUGUUUAAAAGCUUUCGAAAAAGCGGCAAAGAGUUGUACCAUAAAUGUUUAAAAUGAUGCCAUGAUAAUAAACUGCACUUCAAAAACUGUGCCAUUAGUAAAAUUGCGAGAAAUGUCCAACAGAGCAGAACAAAAAAAUAAAAUAAAAUAAAAUAAAAAUCAAUAAAAUUUACAAACAUAUAAACAUAAAUUCGUUUUUUCACCUUGUUUGCGUUUGAAUCAAAGAAAUGCCUGUAAAUUUUGCAUAAAUAUUAAUUGUUAGUGUAGGAAACCAUUUUCUAUUAUUGAAAACGCUGAAAAAUUACAAAAAAUUAUAAAAAUUAAAAAACUUAAAUGGUAUAAAAAGAGCAUACUUGUAUGUAUAUAUAUGUAUGUGCUUGCAUUUGUAUUUAAAAACAUACGUUUAACGUAAAUAUCUAUAUAUAUAUAUAUAUACUAAUACAUAAAUAAAUGCGUAUAAGUAUGUACUUGUAUGAGUGUUUUAGCGGUAAACCUAUAAAAUAAUUUUUAUUUUUAAUUAAGAGUAAAACAUUUAAACGUAAUUGCAAAGUAAAUAGUAAUUCCGCAUUAAUCCCAAUGUAAUUAAUUAUUAAAACAAAAUAUGUCAGCUGAUGAAUUAAAAAGAAGAAAAAAAACUUAACAAAAACAAGCUAAACCAAAUGAAGUUGGCUAGAAUGUUCAUAAAAAACAGCAAUGUAAUGAUCAAAAAAAUACCACAAAUGAUAAUAAAAUUUAAUGGCUAAUUAUUAACAAUCAAUAAAAAUACAUAUGUCACAAA